GUUCUGUUCUACAACCCAUCACCAACAGGCUGGCGUUUUUGCGUAGAUACAAAACGCAACCCGGUAAAAAUGAACCGAUAGAAUCGAACGAUCUGCGGCGGGUGAUGAAGACAAUCUUGUGCAAUCAAACAGUGUAUCCCGUUAACGUUUGCUGGCUACUAUGGAACAAUCCGUGGUUCGGUGCCGGACGUGGGUGUGAUCUUGCGCGAUCUGGUCGUGUGUGUCUUCUUUGCCGAGAUUGGAUUUUACUUCGUGAAUCGAUUCUUGCAACUCAAGCCACUGUACAAACUGGUCCAUAAAAAGCACCACGAAUGGACGGCACCGUUUGCUUGGACCGCUAUGUACUGCCAUCCGAUCGGGCACAUCAUCAGCCACAUGAUCCCGCCGAUGAUCGGCAUACAGCUCAUGAAGGCGCACAUCUUCACCACUGCCAUCUGGUUUCCGUUGGUAAUCCUUAACACGAUUCGGGAUCAUUGUGGCUACCAUUUGCCGUUCUUUCCCAGCUCCGAGUACCACGAUUAUCAUCACGCGAAAUUUACUGAGUGCUUCGGAACGUUCGGGUAUCUCGAUUGGUUGCACGGGACGGACACAACGUUUCGGAAGUCUAAGCAGCACCAGCGUCAUCGCACACUUUGGGGCAAUAAAUCGGCCCGAGAGUUGUAUCCGGAUAGCUGUUUCGUUAUAGCUGGCUACUAUGGAACAAUCCGUGGUUCGGUGCCAGACGUACGCACGCUACCCUCGGCAAGUGUGAUCUUACGCGAUCUGAUCGUGUGUGUCUUCUUUGCCGAGAAUGGAUUUUACUACGUGCAUCGAUUCUUGCACCUCAAGCCACUGUACAAACUGGUCCAUAAAAAGCACCACGAAUGGACGGCACUGUUUGCUUGGACCGCUAUGUACUGCCAUCCGAUCGGGCACAUCAUCAGCCACAUGAUCCCGCCGAUGAUCGGCAUACAGCUCAUGAAGGCGCACAUCUUCACCACUGCCAUCUGGUUUCCGUUGGUAAUCCUUAACACGAUUCGGGAUCAUUGUGGCUACCAUUUGCCGUUCUUUGCCAGCUCCGAGUACUACGAUUAUCAUCACGCGAAAUUUACUGAGUGCUUCGGAACGUUCGGGUAUCUCGAUUGGUUGCACGGGACGGACACAACGUUUCGGAAGUCAAAGCAGCACCAGCGUCAUCGCACACUUUGGGGCAAUAAAUCGGCCCGAGAGUUGUAUCCGGAUAGCUGUUCUAUUAAAUUACAAACUCAUGUAUUCAAUAAAACCGUUUGGGAGCUCUUCAACAUGGAAACAAUUCAGCAUUUUGCUUUUACCUUUUCUCUACUCAUUUGCUAAACAUUGAUAAUAAACUCAUUUCCGA